AUGAGUAACCAUGAAUCUUCCGUAAGAGAUAAUGGUGAAUUCGACAUUGGAGUUGGAGCUGGAAUUUUCAAAAUCCUGGUGAAAUAUGGUUGCUGGUCAGGAAUUUCUUUAAUGCUUUGGAUUAUUGGUGGUUUGAUGAGCUUAUUCGGUAGUCUAGUUUACAUUGAGUUGGGAAUUCCUAGGGGAAUAGGAGAACAAAAAUAUAUCGAAGCGUUUCCAAAUAUAAAAAACUUGGGGCAAUAUUUAGCUUUGUUGCAAUUUU